AUGCGGAAUUCAAAUGGCAACCUGUAUGGCACCAGCAAACAAACAGUCAUCAGUCAGAUGGCAAAGGGUUUGGUUGUCUUGCUUGAUAUCGAGAUGGAAGGAGUCAAACAAUUGAAAGCAGAGCAACUAAGGCCCGACUCUCAGAUCAAUCCUCGAUUUGUUUUUAUCAAGCCGCCGAGUUUUGCGGUGCUCGAGGCACGCCUCAGGGGCCGGGGCACAGAGGAUGAGGGCAGUAUUCAGAGGAGGCUGGCCCAAAGUAGAGCUGAGCUUGACUACGCUGAGACAGGAGUGCAUGACAAGAUCAUUGUUAACGACAAUCUUGAGGAGGCUUACAAAGAACUAGAGGAUUUUGUCUUCAGUAAGGAGUAG